CUAGUGAAGGUUUGAAUUAAUCUGGGGUGAAGGCUUGAGUAGUUUUCUAUUCUGGGGCUUGAGAUUCUCAAGUUGAGAAUAUAGUUGUUUUACUGUUCUGACCAGACAAUGAACUGUUUAAUUAAAAACUGUCCCCUGACAGAAGACAGAAUUAAAACAAAAAUAAACUAACAGUAAAUAUAGGUCAUUCUGCUUGUUUGCUUUUGAUUGUGUGCUUUUUUUUAGAAUGAACAGAAAGUUAUUUUCAUUGUGCACAUUUUAUAAAAAUUAUAGAUUCGGUGCCAUAACUAGAAAUAAUUACAAAAAUGUACACAGUAAUAUAAACUUAAAACUUAAACCACCUAUUAAUUAUACUCGAUAUUCCACUCAUGAACAUAACAUUGCCACUUAUGAAGAAAUUAGAGAAAUUGGCAGAGAAAAAUCAAAAAAAGUUUUGUUAAUAGAUGUUAGAGAACCAGAAGAGCUUCUCGAGACUGGAGUGUUACCAUCAAGUAUUAAUAUACCUUUAGGAAAUUUAGAAAGUGUAUUGAGAGAUAUGUCAAAUGAAGAGUUCUUAAAGAAGUAUGGAAGAGAAAAACCCAAUGAACACUUUCCCUUGAUAUUUUCCUGCAAAUUGGGCAAAAGAAGUGCAACGGCAUGUGAAAUUUGUCAAAGAUUAGGUUUUAAAAAUUUUUUUCUUUUUAGUAUAAAAAAUUAUGCAGGAGGAUGGACAGGUUGGAGUGAAAGGAAUUAUGCUGACUUAAAUAUACAUGUGACAUGUGACUCCAUAGAAGAAAAUAAAGAUAAUGAACGCAAAUCAACAUUAAUCUCUGAUGAACGGUACAAGACAGUUUCCUUGAAGAAGUGAAUAAACUGAAAGAUGAUCCU